GAACCGUGUCCACACUCUGCACACUCCAGGGAGCGUCAUUCAUAUAGAACACAAUGUGAACUGCUGCCUGGAGGAGGAAUGCCCGCUCCUGAGCAGGCCUCAUUGGUGGAGGAGGGGCAACCACAGACCCGCUGGGAAGCUGCCUCCACUGGCCCAGGCAUGGAACCCGAGACCACAGCCACCACUAUUCUAGCUUCCGUGAAGGAGCAGGAGCUUCAGUUUCAACGACUCACCCGAGAACUGGAAGUGGAAAGGCAGAUUGUUGCCAGUCAGCUAGAGAGAUGUAGGCUUGGAGCAGAAUCCCCAAGUAUCGCCAGCACCAGCUCAACUGAGAAGUCAUUUCCUUGGAGAUCAACAGAUGUGCCAAAUACUGGUGUAAACAAACCUAGAGUUUCUGACGCUGUCCACCCCAACAACUAUCUCAUCAGGACAGAGCCAGAACAGGGGACUCUCUAUUCACCAGAACAGACAUCUCUCCAUGAAAGUGAGGGAUCAUUGGGUAACUCAAGAAGUUCAACACAAAUGAAUUCUUAUUCUGACAGUGGAUACCAGGAAGCAGGGAGUUUCCACAACAGCCAGAAUUUGACUAAAGCAGAAAAUAGACCGCAGCAUUCAUUCAUAGGAUCAACCAAUAACCAUUUGGUGAGGAAUUCAAGAGCUGAAGGACAAACACUGGUUCAGCCGUCAGUAGCCAAUCGGGCCAUGAGAAGAGUUAGUUCAGUUCCAUCUAGAGCACAGUCUCCUUCUUAUGUUAUCAGCACAGGCGUGUCUCCUUCAAGGGGGUCACUGAGAACUUCUCUGGGUAGUGGAUUUGGCUCUCCGUCAGUGACCGACUCCCGACCACUGAACCCCAGUGCAUAUUCCUCCACCACAUUACCUGCUCAGCGGGCAGCCUCUCCGUACUCCGCACAGAGACCCGCCUCCCCAACAGCUGUACGACGGAUUGGGUCAGUCACCUCCCGGCAGACCUCCAAUCCCAACGGACCAACCCCUCAGUACCAAACUACCGCCAGAGUAGGGUCCCCACUGACACUGAUGGAUGCACAGACUCGAGUAGCUUCCCCGUCCCAAGGCCAGAUGGGGUCGUCGUCCCCCAAACGCUCAGGGAUGACCGCCGUACCACAACAUCUGGGACCUUCACUGCAAAGGACUGUUCACGACAUGGAACAAUUUGGACAGCAGCAGUAUGAAAUUUACGAAAGAAUGGUUCCACCUCGGCCAGACAGCCUCACAGGCUUACGGAGUUCCUAUGCUAGCCAGCACAGCCAGCUUGGGCAAGACAUUCGUUCAGCUGUGUCUCCUGACUUGCACAUCACUCCUAUAUAUGAGGGGAGGACCUAUUACAGCCCAGUGUACCGCAGCCCAAACCACGGCACCGUGGAGCUCCAAGGGUCACAGACGGCACUGUACCGCACAGGCUCAGGUGUUGGAAAUCUGCAAAGGACAUCCAGCCAACGAAGCACCCUUACAUACCAAAGAAAUAAUUAUGCUUUGAACACAACAGCUACCUACGCGGAGCCCUACAGGCCAAUACAAUACCGAGUGCAAGAGUGCAAUUAUAACAGGCUUCAGCACGCAGCGCCAGCUGAUGAUGGCACCACGAGAUCCCCGUCAAUAGACAGCAUUCAGAAAGACCCCAGGGAGUUUGCCUGGCGCGACCCUGAGUUGCCUGAAGUCAUCCACAUGCUGCAGCACCAGUUCCCAUCGGUCCAGGCGAACGCGGCCGCCUACCUGCAGCACCUGUGCUUCGGCGACAACAAAGUGAAAAUGGAGGUGUGUAGAUUAGGGGGAAUCAAGCAUCUGGUUGACCUUUUGGACCACAGAGUUUUGGAAGUUCAGAAGAAUGCUUGUGGUGCCCUCCGAAACCUUGUUUUUGGCAAGUCUACAGAUGAAAAUAAAAUAGCAAUGAAGAAUGUUGGUGGGAUACCUGCCUUGUUGCGACUGUUGAGAAAAUCUGUUGAUGCAGAAGUACGGGAGCUUGUUACAGAUCUUCGCUGUCUCCCUAGAUCAUCUCUGAAAGUGGUGAAGGCAGCAGCCCAGGUCUUGAAUACAUUAUGGCAAUAUCGGGACCUCCGGAGCAUUUAUAAAAAGGAUGGGUGGAAUCAGAACCAUUUUAUUACACCUGUGUCGACGUUAGAGCGAGACCGAUUCAAAUCACAUCCUUCCUUGUCUACCACCAACCAACAGAUGUCACCCAUCAUUCAGUCAGUCGGCAGCACCUCCUCCUCACCAGCACUGUUAGGAAUCAGAGACCCUCGCUCUGAAUACGAUAGGACCCAGCCACCUAUGCAGUAUUACAAUAGCCAAGGGGAUGCCACACAUAAAGGCCUGUACCCUGGCUCCAGCAAACCUUCACCAAUUUACAUCAGUUCCUAUUCCUCACCAGCAAGAGAACAAAAUAGACGGCUACAGCAUCAACAGCUGUAUUAUAGUCAAGAUGACUCCAACAGAAAGAACUUUGAUGCAUACAGAUUAUAUUUACAGUCUCCUCAUAGCUAUGAAGAUCCUUAUUUUGAUGACCGAGUUCACUUUCCAGCUUCUACUGAUUAUUCAACACAGUAUGGACUGAAAUCGACCACAAAUUAUGUAGACUUUUAUUCCACAAAACGACCUUCUUACAGAGCAGAACAGUACCCAGGGUCCCCGGACUCGUGGGUGUAGCAUCAAGAUGCUCCGUAGAGGAACUCUUCUUUCUAACCUUGUUUGGGUUGAGAUGAAAAAUCCAUCUUGCUGAUUUGCUGAUGAAAUGUGAAAGUGAAAUGAAAGGACCGAGUGAAGAGCAUAUUUUUUCUCUUUUGAGGAAUUAUCAGGGAAGUAAGGAAACCUUUGGGAGAGAGGACUUUCUAAGCUCUAUUUAGGUGUUAGAUCUAAUUACUUGUAGAUUCUAUAGUCUGGUGAAGGUGUGGGCGAUGUGAUGAGAGGUUUGAGACAUGGGUGAAAUGAGAUGAGGGAUGUGUAGGUCAAAUCAAAUUAAAGAUGAUUUUUUUAAUGUGAAUAAAGUUAUGUUCUGAUAGUUUGUACAGAAAAAAAAUAAUAAAAUGGAUGCCCUUCAUGUUUUAUUGCUAUUACUAAAUGUCAAGAUUGUAUGCUAUUAUGUCUUGUAAAUUUCUUUUGUUGGUGUAAAUAUGGAAAUGCCACAUUGGUUAAGUGCCAUCAUUUGUAAUGCAGUGUGUCAUUUGAAAAGAGAUUUGAAGAAAACUGACAGCUUAAAAAACAAAUGGGAAACCCAAGGAACUGUUAGCAAUUAAAAACAAACUAUAACAUCCUUUGUUUUCAAAAUGAAUAGUGUACCUUUGAAGCACAAAGUCCAGUCUGGUAUAGAAACGCCAUGCCCAUUCCCUGCCUCUUUCAUAGGACACUUCACUGCCAUUUUCUAUGCACAUGAAAGAAAAAUAAAUGUGGAAAUUUCAUCCUUGGAAA